UUCAGAAUGAAAUCCAGUUAAUUGAAGAUGGACCUUUUGCAAAUGUAUUGAUCCAGACGGAAUGACUCUCUUUGGAUGGAUGCUCGUGGAAAUUGUUUUGGCGGUCAGUAGGAGAGGCUGACCUUUAUUCCAGAGGAAGUUCCCUGCUUUUAGAAGAGUAGAACAGGACUACGCAGCUUUGGGGGAGCCUUCUGUCUUGUCUGUCAGAACAUUGCAAAAAAAACAAAAAAAAAAGUCAGUCGAACCUCCUAACCGGAAAAGUGAGUCACUUGGGCUUUGGCCCUCUUAGAGCCAAUUUCCAAUUGGCCUUCCCUAUUCCACUUGCACAGUGGUGUGGGGGCACCAUGGCUGGCAUGAGACUCCGGGAUCUGGCAUCCUCCGAGUUGUACCGACGCCGGCAGGAUCGGCAGAGCAGCACUGGCUUGUCCCUGAAUGGUGGGGCAGAAACAUCCGGGAUACUUGGUAACAUGUCCGAUGCUCUGGCAAAUGCCACCUGUCAGCGCUGUCAGGCCCGUUUUGACCCGUCCGAAAGGAUUGUGAAUAGCAACGGGGAGCUGUAUCACGAAAAUUGUUUCGUCUGUGCCCAGUGCUUCCGGCAGUUCCCAGAUGGACUCUUCUAUGAGUAUGAAGGUCGAAAAUAUUGUGAACAUGACUUCCAAAUGCUGUUUGCUCCCUGCUGUGGGACAUGUGGUGAAUUUAUUAUUGGCCGUGUCAUCAAAGCGAUGAACAACAACUGGCACCCAGAAUGCUUCCGCUGUGAAUUGUGUGAUGUGGUUCUUGCUGAUCUGGGCUUUGUGAAGAAUGCUGGGAGGCACCUAUGCAGACCCUGUCACAAUCGGGAGAAAGCCAAGGGCCUGGGCAAGUACAUCUGCCAGAAAUGUCAUCUGAUUAUUGAUGAGCAACCUUUGAUGUUCAAGAAUGACUCUUACCAUCCAGAUCACUUCAACUGUACUCAUUGUGGGAAGGAACUGACUGCAGAGGCCAGAGAGCUGAAAGGGGAACUUUACUGCUUGCCUUGCCAUGACAAGAUGGGGAUUCCCAUUUGCGGAGCCUGUCGGAGGCCCAUAGAAGGCCGUGUGGUCAAUGCCCUAGGAAAGCAAUGGCAUGUGGAGCAUUUUGUCUGUGCCAAAUGUGAGAAACCAUUCCUGGGUCAUCGGCACUAUGAGAAGAAGGGCUUGGCAUACUGUGAGACGCAUUACAACCAGCUCUUCGGGGAUGUCUGCUACAACUGCAGCCACGUGAUCGAGGGCGAUGUGGUGUCAGCCCUCAAUAAGGCCUGGUGUGUGAACUGCUUCUCCUGCUCCACCUGCAAUAUUAAACUCACACUGAAGAACAAAUUUGUGGAGUUUGACAUGAAGCCUGUCUGUAAGAAAUGCUAUGAGAAAUUUCCUCUGGAACUGAAGAAAAGGCUGAAGAAACUGUCUGAACUGGCCUCCAGGAAAGCUCAUCCCAAGUCUGUGGACUCAAAUUCUUUCUGAGGCCUCUGCUUGGAUUCUGUCCACAGCAUUGAAGGGCUGAUCUCUUCUUCCCUGUCUGCUCCUCACCUGUGUUCUUUCUUUCCUCUUCCUUUUCUUCUCCCCUUUCUAUUUCUUUUGCUUUCUCCUCUCUUCCCCCUUUCCUCCACAUUUGUCAUCCUCUUCCUGAAGUCUCUCACACACACCGCCUGGGGCUCUGAAGCACUGAGAGCACUCACUGCAGCAGAACCUGUUGAAGGUUGCAAAAACAGAGGAAAAGAGAGGAUCUAGGAUGGGGAUGAAACCUGUAUACCCCACUCCUAUAGUCCACUGCUCCUUUGCUACUAAAACAAAUCUCUGGCAUCCCCCACCUGUAGUUUCUGUGACCCUCUUAGAGUUUUCUAGCCACAACCAGUUUGAAUUUGAACCACCCAGUAAAUAGGAAAAAAAUUAAAAUCUCCUUGAUGUUUAGAAGUGCUCCAGACACAGUGAGGCCCUCAUUUAUGGACCUGACUGUGAAUCCUUUGGGAGUCACAGCUCUUUUUUUUUUUUUUUUUUCAUUUGUUGAGAGAUCUUGUGGCUCAAUGGGCAAUGACCUUCCCAUUCCCCUUCUACAAGUUCUCUCUCCCUGGUCUCAUUACCAUCUCACUGUGUUCUUUUCUUCCUUUAGGGCAAAGUUUCUUGACUUGAUUUUAGGACUUUAAUGGGAAUGGGGAAAAAUGGUAUCUUUCCUGCCCCAUAUAAUUAGUUUCCUCUGUGAUCCUACAUAUUUUAUGCUUUUAAAACCAUAAUUCUGCAGAGGGGUCUUUAGGUUUCACCAGACCCCCAAAAGGGUCCAUGACAUAAAAAAUAUGAAGAUCCUCUGCUUUAGGGCCACAUGAGACUGUUCAAAUAUCUUAUCCCUAUCUAUGAUGAGGUGGCUUUUUCACUCCCACAUGCUUGGCCUCCUUGCAGCUGGUAUGGCCCAGUUGGAUUUGGUUUAAUUAAACAAGUCUUCAUUAAGAAUGCAGAGUCCUGUGCUAGAGAUUAUAGUGGGGCCAAGGGAAGGGAAAAUGACUGUCUCCUAUCUAUAUAUUGCUCUAAAGUCUCCAUUACAACAUCCGUGGGAGAAGACCUAGUCCUUUCCCUUAAGGAGAUCACAAUCCAGUUGGGGAAACAAGACUUGAACUCCUAGGGAAUUUAGGAAACUGUAAUUUCUAACAUAGAUAAAGAAAUGAAGGCUGUAAACCACAGGUGUUCUAGGAAUGCAGCAGACCACACCCCUCUGCCCCCCAGAAUGGUCAGAAAGAAGGAAGCCGGACCUGGCUGGGCCUGGCAGGAUGGAUAAGUGUUGGAGAGGUGAAGAAGUAGAGAGCUGAUGUUGAAAGUGAAAGGAAUAAGAGUGGACCCAGUCUUCAGAAGUGUGCCAUGAUGAAAGGCUAGGUCAUUGGAAAUCUGGGUGCCUGGGCCAGAAAAAAAAUCAUAGUAGGUCCAAAAGAUGGCUUUCUUCUAUAAGAUCAUGCUUUAGAGCGGGGAGUUAUUGUUAAACUAUUCUUACCAGGCCCUUUGCCUGUUCACUUGGCAGGGUCUUAGAUGAUAAGUGGAAAUCUGGGAAGGAAGAAAUGAACCAGAGUGAAAAUACAGAGUAGAUGGAAUGAAGAGAACCAACUGUAUUCCUUCCCAAAUUUCCACUUAUCACAGGGAGAAGUUAGAUAGUUUAUCUUCCCCUGGAAUUUCAGUGGCUUUAGCCAGGCCCUACAGUGGGGUGUGAAGCAAGUGAAUCUGGCAGGAGGGAGACAGGGAAGAGCAAGAGAAAAGAAGAUGAUGUCUGUAGGAUUGACAGAAACCAUCAACUGCCAAGACCUUAGUGAGUACCUCUGUGUCUAGCAUUAUCCCCAAAGGUUGCUUGCCAGAAGAGAGUGGGAGAAUAAAUGGACAACCCAAGGAUAGACUCAUCUGACCCCAAAUAUGAACCCCCCUGUAUUGGGGACAGGGGCCCUUCCCUUUCCCAUAUAGCUCAGCACCAGGCUAUCACAGAGUAUCAUUAGAGAAAGAUAGAGCUGAGGGGGACCUUAGAGAUCAUCCAAUCCAGGCCCUUUGCUUGACAGAUGAGUAAAAUGAGGCACAGAGAGAGGAAAAACUUGCUUAAGGUUACAAGGGAACUCAAACUCAGGUCUUCUUACUCCAAACCUGGCCCACUUUGCUAUAUGCCACACUGCCUCACUGUACCGACUUCAUGAUGAAACUGGCUAUCUGAACCUUUUACCUUUUAUAAUUUAGGAUCCCUAUUUAUUAUUAUUAUUUGCAAUUGGACAUCACAUAGGAUGGAAAGAAUUCCUAUGCACUGAGUCACAAAGCCUAAUCUACUUGGAGAACCUAGACUAGCAAUGCACAUCUCAGCACUUAUAGACCGAACACAUGAAAUGGUUUCUUAUUCUUCCUUCCAACCAAUUAGGUCAGGAUAGCUGUCAGUGGAUCGGAUUCAGGAUCAUUUCCUGAUAAAUGGGUCUUCUCUGGUCAGAGAGAAGACUUGCAGAUUCCUCGAAUGGUAGAUUUAAAGAAGCCUUAUGCACCAUCUUAUUCAUCCUCAUUUUACAGGUGAGGAAGCUGAGGCCUGGAGAAAGUGAAGUCACUCCUCCAGGAUCCCAUAUCUAGUUAGGACCAGAAUCAGGUCUAGAACCCAGGGCUCUUGAUUCCCAGUCCACUGUUCUUUCCACUGCACAGCACUGCUGUCAUUCAUCCUCAUGUCUAGAUUGGAGUAAGAGAGAUUAUUAGACACUGAGAAAGGCCAUAGCCCAGCCUCAUGGAUGCUCUUGUGUUGAGGUUGACCUUGUAUGAGUGCAUGGUCACAAGGAUAGCAGAAAGACCAUUUCCAUCGAGUCCUGGGUGGUAGAUCCCUUUGGAAAUGUUGGUUUGAGGCUACUGAACCCAAAAGCACUACUGUAAUCCUGUAUGUAUCAGUGUUACCUAUCAACCACAAUACAUGAGAUAUAUUGUAAUUCAUUUUCAUUGCUUUGCACAAUAAAGAUUUACAAGAAUAAA